AUGUCUGAGGAAGUUCCAAGUAGCGAGAGCAAGAAUGAUAACACCAGUCAGGAUUAUGAUGAAGAAGAAUGGAUGAAGGAAUUACAAAAAGUACCAUUGCUGAUGACUGAGCAACCCGAUGAAAUUGAUCCCGAAACUUCUCCUGCGUUGGCAGCGCUUCAAGCAUUAAAAUAUGAAAACGAUGAAGAUCCUCCUGAAGUUAAAGCUGUUAACUACAAAGACGAUGGAAAUUUUCACUUCAAACGUAAACGCUAUCACCAAGCAAUUGCUGCUUAUACUGAAGGAAUCAAACAGAAUUGCGGCGAUAAUGACUUAAAUGCACAAUUAUACAAUAAUAGAGGAGCUGCACAAUCAUAUUUAGGUAAUAACAGAUCGGCUUUAAAUGACGCUACGGAAGCUAAGAAAUUAUCUCCGACAUAUAUUAAAGCUUUCAUAAGAGAAUCAGAUAAUAAAAAAUUAAAGGAAUUAAAACUUAAAGCCGUCAAAAAUCAGAAAGUUAAUGCUAGAAAUCACCGGAAAGAAAAUUUACUUUCCAAGAAGGAAGAGACGUCCAUUAGAAAUUUAAUGCAAGCCCUUAAGGAGCGUGAGGUAACGCUUGAUGGAUUAAAGUCUUACUCUGAUAUAGAAACUAUGUCGAUAAAGGACGUUAAAGCCCUAUUAACCCCUCCUGAUCCGAUGGGCGCUUCUGCAAUGGUUUAUCUAAACGAAGAGAUGGUAAUUCAUUGGCCUAUCCUUUUUAUUUAUCCUGAGCAUGGCCAAACAGAUUUUAUUAAAUCUGCCAACGAAAACGAUAGAUUUAUGGAUCACUUAAUAGUAAUGUUUGAUGACAAUGAAGCCCCACCAUGGGAUAAGGAAAAUAAAUAUAAACUAAAAAACCUUGAAAUAUAUUUCGAAGAUAAAGACAGCACACAGUUACACCGAAUUCAUUUGCAUCAAACCCUUAAGGAAAUAUUGACUGACAAAAGGUUCUGUGUGAAGUAUGGCAUACCUUCCUUUAUACUUUUAGUGACAGAGAGUAGAAGAAUUCUUACCACUUCCUUUAGUAUCUUGCUAGUUUAA